AAAACAAAAAUGGAGUUUAUCUUUAUUUACUGAAACCAAAGUUGACGUUCAAAGCUGAUUUAUUUGAUGUUCUAAAAUUGUAAAACCAAAUAAAUUUGUGAAAUAAUUGUGAUAAGAAUGUAAAUCGCAAAAGUGAACAAUAGUUUAACAAUAUGAUGCUGUAGUUUUUAAAUGUAAAACGCUUAAAACAUAGAUAGGCCUAUCUAUAACCAACAACUGACAUUCAGUUCAAAUUUACGUUCUCAAUAUCAACCAAUAAGUUGGUUAUUUUAAAUUUUACUGUCAAGUGAUAAAUUAAACAAUGCAGAAGUAUGAGAAACUCGAAAAAAUUGGCGAAGGCACCUACGGCACAGUUUUCAAAGCGAAAAACCGGGAAACCCUUGAGAUAGUUGCUUUGAAACGGGUUCGUCUGGAUGAUGACGACGAAGGAGUGCCCAGCUCGGCUUUAAGGGAGAUCUGCCUCCUGAAAGAACUGAAACACAAGAACAUCGUUCGCCUCUACGACGUGCUCCACAGUGAGAAGAAGCUGACGCUUGUGUUCGAGCACUGCGACCAGGACUUGAAGAAGUAUUUCGACAGUUUGAACGGCGAGAUUGAUCCCGACGUUGUCAAGUCGUUCAUGUUCCAAUUGCUGAGAGGCCUUGCGUUCUGUCAUAGCCAUAAUGUCCUACACAGAGAUCUCAAACCUCAAAAUCUACUCAUUAACAAGAACGGCGAACUGAAGUUGGCCGAUUUCGGGCUGGCUCGUGCCUUUGGAAUUCCUGUGAAGUGCUACUCUGCUGAGGUGGUCACCCUGUGGUACAGACCGCCCGAUGUCCUGUUUGGAGCCAAGCUGUACACCACCUCAAUCGACAUGUGGUCGGCUGGAUGUAUAUUUGCAGAACUGGCAAACGCAGGCAGACCUCUGUUCCCCGGCUCGGACGUGGAUGACCAACUGAAGCGAAUCUUCAAGCUGCUUGGGACUCCAACCGAAGACACGUGGUGUGGCCUACUUCAGCUGCCGGACUACAAGCCAUUCCCCAUCUACCAUCCUAGCAUGACUUUCGCUCAGGUAGUACCCAAACUGAACUCCAAGGGCCGCGACUUGGUUCAGAGACUACUGGUGUGCAACCCUUGUGAGAGGGUGGGGGCGGACGAAGCUAUGGCCCACGCCUACUUCGUGGAUGUGCCGCCGGCUGUAGGGGGCCCAGGGGGGCUUGCCCCUAGGGGCGCACCGCCCAGGGGGGCCGACUGAGACAUGGCUGCCUCUCACAGGCAUCGGGCUACCGUCUGAAAAUGGGCUGGCCCUUGUGUUAUGACUGUGUUAUAGCUGUGAAAUUAUCAUCUACAUACCAAAGACGUGGCAAAAACUUUAAAAAAGUUCGAACAAUUUCCAAAAUUGUGUCGUAUUUGGGCGGUUUUUACUGAUGAAAAGUUUGUGAAAGUUCCAGAAAAGUUCACGAAAAGUCAAAGUUUGUGAAUCGGUUAAGUUGUGACUUUGAAAACGAGCGAAAAGUUGUUGGUCAGAACUUUUUUUUGAAAAAGUUUUUCUCGGUGCAUGAAUUUCCCAAGAAGUUGAAAGAAAAAGUUGAAGAUAGAAAAAGAUGAACAAUGAUCAGGUAACCUAUUUGAAAUAAAUUUAUUAACCAAUUUACCCAAAUUCAGACCUCUUCGAUCUCCAGGAAACUUGAAGGAUGCUUCCAAAAUUUAAUUUAUUUCUACAUUUAUUUAAAAACAUCAUUCCUUCAAUUGAUUUACCUAAUUAGAAUAUUUAAAUGAAUAUUUCUCUUCAAUUCAACUACAAAUCUCAUCCAUAAUAUAAUAAAGGAAAGAACUGGCUUAUACAGGUAGGGGAUAGGAAAUUCACGAAUGACGCAUCAUCACGUCUCAACUACUCAACUCAUUAACUUCACAUUUUGCAUAUAGAAUCUUAAUUUACCGAGGAUGGUUAUAGGCCUAUUUUAAUUCUUCAAGUUUUCAGUUUGUCAUGUUUUUAAAUAUACCCUUCUGUAGCACGGGUUUUCUGCUAGUCUUAAAUAUUUAUCCUCAGUUGGAAUCUGUUUCUUCAAAAUCAAAUCAGUAAUCGGCAUCAGUUAACAAGAAAUCGGUUUCCAAUUUGGAACAUAUACAACCUUUACCAUGGAAUAUCAAAUUAUGCUAUCUUUUCUCUAUGGUUAUAGUAUUGGUAUAUGUUCUGGGUAAUAAUAGUCUUUCAUAAAAUUAUUUAUUUAUUAAUAAAAUCUAUGAUCUCAGUAUUUUUAGUGUCAUAAUAGAUGGCUUUUUGUGUAGUUGAGAAGUUGAUAUUGUGGUAAUUAUUCAUAUUGAAUGAAAAAGACUAAGAAAUUGUCAAAAAAA